AGCAGUGCAGCAAUGAGUUAACCGACGAGCAAACGUAUCACACCGUGCAAGGAGUGGCUUGAUACAUUUCGGUGAAAGGCGCCGGACGCCCAACAGUGCAGAAUCGUAAUCUAUCUGCAAGAUCCGGUGAGCGCAACUGCUCUUGUCACCUUGCAGUCAGACCAGACGUGUGUGCUGUGUAGUGUGCAUUCCCAUGCCGUCGACUCAGGGCUAGCGGCGACAGCGCCGGCGCUUCACCAUAACUACCGCACGUAACAAAGCCGAGGAAAUGCCCAUGAACGCUGGAGGCGCACCGGUCAGCAGUAUGGACGCACAAUGGCUGGGCUUAUUCAGCUAUCAGACCGGCCUGAUCGCAAUCUGCUGGACACUGGUGGUCAUGUCCAUGUUCUCCUUCUUCACCUACCUCGAGUACAUGGUAGCUGUGGAGGGCGGCGGCGCCCUUGUCGUCUUCGGUAUGGCCUUUCUGCUGAGCCUGGCUGACGGAGCGGUGUCGGGUGCACUGCUGCUGGGGCUCAGCGACGGCGCGGCGCGCGCCCGACUCAGCGUCUGGCUGCUGUGGAACGUCGUAUACUCGCUGGUCGUGCUGCUGCUGAUCUGUGCCGACCUCAGCGCGGUGGUGGUCGUAGCCGGUAUCGGUGUGCUCAGCGGACUGCGCACUCCAAUGGCGAUCGGCUUCCGACUGCUGUGCAUCUGGACCGGCUGGAUGUAUCAGAACAGUCUGCCGGUGUCGACGCCGCCGCCGGCCAGGCAUCACUGACCGGACCUAUAGUGCGUUUGGUUUCACGUCUCAUAGUUCCUGACUGGCGUUCAGUGGGCACAUAUGCAUUUAGGCACAUCAUGGUAGAUUCAUUAGUUUCUAGGCUGUAGAUUCGCGUUAUGUUGGAAAAUUCCGUUACCUAGGCAUAUGUGAAGAUAAAUCAAAAUCUACUAUCAUUAAAGGAAAUGGUUCACUUUUAACAUGGAGUUUUGAAUUGGAAUAGUAGUGUUGUAUCUUGAGCUGAGACGAGCACAAGUCAAAAGCUUUUACGGCUUAACGAUCACCCUGGGUAAGGAUAUUCCACUCGUUCCGAAAAGAGUGUCCUAAACAGGAUAUUGGUGUCCUAAUGAAGAAAUACCCAGAAUGUAGCCACCUCAGAUUCAUGCUGCUCAUGCUGCUUACAGCCAAUGGGUUUGAACUACGCAAUAUGAUUAGUCAACGCGUAAUAAGCUUCCUCGUCUAAUAACAUUUUUUUUACAGAAUAAAAUUUUUCCUAUAUUAAAAUAUAGGAAAUAAUCUUUUUUAUGUAAAAAGGUGUUAUGUUCUUUGCUGAUCAUUUGCUGAGCAUAAAAUCAUACCUAAAUCAAUUGCAAAAAAAAACUAAUUUCGGGAAAGUGAACUAUUCCCUUUAAUCAUCUAUAGAUCAAGUAGAUGACGUGCCAAAUCUGUUUGUUGCCUUGGCUAAAAGCAAAAAUGUUGCUAAUAAUAAUCCUUUGUUAUAUAACAAGUUAGCUAUGCAAUGACAUCCACUGGCGGAUCCAGGGGAAAUCCUGCCCGUAGCGUCCGAAAUCGGCAAAAAAUUGUGUUUUUUUCGACAAUAAGACGAAAACUAAACAACUUUUUUAGAAACGUUUGUCUUAAACUGCACAGCAGUGCGAGAGGAAUCAAAAUCCGACUAGUUUUUGGAAUUUGGAGAAACUUUUUGGGGUAUGCCCCCCCCCCCGCAGUGUCCAAGACCGCCUUUCUGGGCCCACCAGUGGUGAUAUCGAAGAGCAUCCUCUUCGAUGUCAUUGCUUGGCUAACUAGUUACAUAACUGAAUGAAGUUGCUUCAUUUAAAUGUUGAUUCCCCUCAUUCGUUUCGUAAUUCGUAUGUGAUGCUUGACGUUUGAUUUACUAAACGUCUCAUUGACCAUCGGUCAUUUUUUUUGUAUUUUGUAUUGUGUGGGCUUGAUCAUCGGCAUACAUAAACUAAAACACACACA